UCAGAUUUGACAACAUGGCAGAUAAACAUUUCCUGAAUUAGAAAAAAAAUGUUUAUAAUAGUAAUUUCUCAAUCUCUGAAAGGAUUUUGUCGGUUUAUUUAAGUGACACGAUAUUCUUUUAAAUAUAAUGUACACGUACUAAAUAGAUAUCUACAAAAAUGACUUCCAGUAAGCUCACAAUUUAUUUAGCUAUCACCGUGUUUAUUUUGGUUGUGCUGGAAGAACACCAAAGUUAUGGAAUGGAUAUAGACACUAAACGAAGCCUUAGGUUAAAGGUGGUUGAGAUGUUCAAACAUGCAUAUGGUGCUUACAUGAAACAUGCGUUCCCAGCUGAUGAGUUAAUGCCAUUAAGCUGUAAGGGUCGUUACAGAGGUUCAGAACCUAGCAGAGGGGAUGUUGAUGAUAGUUUAGGGAAUUUUACCCUAUCAUUGAUUGACAGUUUAGACACACUUGCUGUUAUGGGAGAUAUACCAGAGUUUGAGAAAGCUGUGUCUCUAGUUAUUAAUACAGUAAAGUUUGAUACUGAUGUCAUGGUGUCUGUGUUUGAGACCAACAUCCGAGUUGUAGGUGGUUUAUUAGGAGGUCAUGUUCUAGCAUCCUACUUCAAGAGGAAGAAACAUUCAAUGGACUGGUACAAGGAUGAACUAUUGUUGAUGGCUAAAGAUAUUGGUACCCGGCUUUUACCAGCUUUCAAUACCACAACAGGGAUACCAUAUCCUAGGAUCAACCUGAAACAUGGUAUCAACAGGGAUGUUAGCAUCAACUACAGAGACACCUGUACAGCCUGUGCUGGCACUAUGAUACUAGAGUUUGCUGCCCUUAGUCGACUUACAGGAGAUCCAGUGUUUGAGGAGAAAGCCCACAAAGCGAUGGACUAUUUAUGGAACCAGAGGCACCGGAGUAGUGAUCUAGUUGGUACUGUUAUCAAUAUACACAAUGGCGACUGGAUUAGGAGAGAGAGCGGUGUUGGAGCUGGAAUAGACUCGUACUACGAGUAUGUACUGAAGGCUUAUAUCCUGCUAGGGGAUGACACCUACCUCACUAGAUUUAAUAAGCAUUAUGAUGCAGUGAAGAAGUAUAUAAGUCAAGGACCUCGCUUUGUAGAUGUACAUAUGCAUAAACCACAAUCUACCUCAAGAAACUUCAUGGAUGCUCUAUUGGCAUUUUGGCCAGGAUUACAGGUAUUAAAGGGAGAUAUACAGCCAGCAAUAGAGGUGCACGAGAUGUUGUAUCAGGUUAUACAGAGGCACAAUUUUCUACCGGAAGCUUUCACAUCAGAUUUUCAUAUACAUUGGGGCCAUCAUCCACUCCGUCCAGAGUUUGUAGAGUCCACCUAUUUCCUGUAUAAGGCUACAGGAGACUCACAUUAUCUAGAAGUAGGUAAGAAGGUGAUUGAGAAUUUAGAAGAGCAUGCUCGAGUUCCUUGUGGGUUUGCCGCUCUCAAAGAUGUGACUAAAGGCACUCAUGAAGACCAGAUGGAUUCUUUUGUACUUGCGGAGACAUUUAAGUACUUGUACCUGAUGUAUGCAGAUAAAGGUGAUAUCUUGUUUGACAUAGAUGAUUAUGUGUUCACAACAGAGGCUCAUCUUCUGCCUCUCACCCUGUCUAGGUGUAAUGGAUCUAAACCUGCAUCUGUGAGACUAAGUCAGGAGAUGUACAGUUAUCUGCAGCAGAUAGAUGAGGAGACUCACGAUCAUGAUGAGUAUGGUGACAGCCCGCACAAUACUUGCCCUAAUCCACAGGUCAAAUUUAAAAUGAAUUAUGCAUCCAAUUUGAGAGAUGGUCUUAAAAAUAUGGUUGAUCUGUCACAGCCAAUUGUUCCAGCUCCUCAGCAGUGUUCUCAGAUAAGGGUCAGUGGUUCCCGUCUUAGAGCUUCAGAUUUUGUUGCUGGGAACCAGGAUCAGCUGACACAGUUGAAAGAAAUGGGCAUACGCCUGAUGACGAUGGCAGAUGGAAGAAUACAAUUACUACAUACGGCAUCAGAGGCAUUAAAUCCUCAGCUUGCAGAGGAAGGAUUACAGUUUAUGCAGGAGAUGAUUACACUUUCCAAGAAUCAACCUCAAGAUACUCAGAAUGAACCUAUGCUGAUAAAAGCCCUCCUGUCAGAUGAGGACAGUCACCUGUUUAAAGCAGGCCCAGCUCAGUUUGGGUAUGAUCUGAAGAAACGGCCAAACAUCAAAGGUAAACUUGCAAGAGGAGAACCAUACAAGAUGUGCAAUACCCAAGUGGAAAAUCCUACAGAGUUGUCAGGCAAAAUUGCUCUGAUUGAGCGUGGGAACUGUAUGUUUGUUGAUAAGGCAAGAAAUCUACAGCGAGUCGGUGCUAUUGGUGGAAUUGUCAUAGAUCACAACCCAGGAAGUACAACAAAUGGUGCCCCGUUGUUUGCUAUGUCGGGUGACGGCACUGAUGAUGUUUAUAUACCCUUGUUGUUCUUGUUUCACGUUGAGGGACAGCAGCUAAUAGAGAUGUGGCAAAAUAAUCCAGAUCUCCAAGUUGUCAUGGCAGCCAAGUUUGAAGUUAUAGGGCCUGAGACUCCAACUGGUCCAGGCGAACAGUCUGAAAAGUCACGUUACAGCAGUGACAAAGUGCAGGCAGGGACUGAUCCACAAAAUCUUAAACCAGUUCAUCCUCAACCGGGACAAACUGUGAAAUUAAACAAAAUGGUACAAAUUGAAAAUGGAGUUUAUCAGCCACUAGAACAACCAACAGCAGAAAAUGUUAUCAUUCCAAACUCUGUAGAAGACGAAGAUGGCAUAAUUAGUAUAAGAACUCUUUCCGACGGAUCUAAACAGUUAUUUUUUAGAUUUGAUAAAUUGAAAAAAGAUUAUGAGACUGCUCCUUCAAUGGAAGAUAUAUAUGAUAACUUAAGAAGAACAUUGUUAGAAAAGACAAAUUUUAAAUUGUUAGGAAAACAGAGUGAUUACUUGACUGCAAUAGUUCGCCUUUUAGAGUCUGCUUAUUUUGGAAAACAAAGCAUUGAUCAGAGGUCGCAAGAAUUGUUUGGGGAACUUUCAAAUGAGUUAGAAAUACUGUCACAAGAAGAAAUUGCUGAGGCUAAGAACUUAGAAUCUGAAGAACCAGAAUCUGUACAAAACAAUGUUGAUAGAGAAUCAGAACAUUUUGGAAAUAAAGAAACAGAUAGAAAUGAAAUUAAUGUUCAAAGUCCAGAAAUCCAUAAUAUCGAGGACGGAGAAGUUAAGAUUAUAAAACAUGAUGGUAUGGCUGUUAAAAUUAGAACUAAAGUUGUCAAGCCAAUAAAAGAAUCUUCAGUGACAGAAAUAAAUUUAGAUGAUUCUCAGUCUUAUGCAGAUGAAAGUGAUUUUGAAGAACCUGUGAAAUCCAGUAUCAAAACAAAAUCCAUUAUAAGUGAUAAUUUAAAAGAAGAAAAUAUUUAUAGUCCCAGUAAAGAUGGUGGUGUAAAUAGAGAUAAUUUAAAAAGUAAAGAGUCUGUGACAGAAGAGGCAAAAGUGAAUGGAAUGAAUGAUAAAGAUACAUUUGAUGAAAGUGAUAAAAGUGUACAAGAUGAUAAUAGUGAUAUUAGCUUUGAAACUCUAGAACAAAAUGUAAAUCCUGAACUAGCAGAGGGCAUAAGAAAUGUUUUAGAGAGGGUAGAAAAACAACAUGUAGAUGAAAGGAUUAAAAUAGAUCAUUAUAAUACCCAACAUAGGAAAGCUACGGAGAAACCUAAUGUUCCAAAAUAUGAAAAACCAGUGUUUGAACGUACUGUUAGAAGUUUAAAAUCUUCUGAUUCUAAAAGCAUUAAAAGUGAUAGUGAUAAAACUGAAAUAGAUAUAGAGAGAUCUGAUGUUCAUAGUGAUAAUAAAAAAUUUGAAAAGUCUUCCACAGAUGAUGCCAGGGAAACGAGACGGACACCAGAUGAGUUGUAAGACAGGGGUGGUGACUAACUCCCACUUUUCCUCUGACAAACCUGGAUGUGAAAGAGAAGAUUGCAGAGUCCUGGAAAAAAUAUUUCUUCAACAGCAUGAAUUCAGUCUUCCUUAAGCUGGAAUUUGCCUUUGUAGACCAAAAGGUUGUUAUUGUAAUUUUACUGUGUUGUUGUUGGUAGUUAAAUGAAUGAAAUCAUAUCUAAGUAUUAAAAUUACAGUUAAAAUAAGACAAUAAAUGUAAAUGUACUGUAAUAGGAAAUAGAAAAAAAGAAAGUUUAAGGUGGUGUAGCCUAGUAGUAUGUGUUCUUGUCUGUCAGUAUGUUCAUUUCAGUUUUCAUUGAAGUGUUUGCCCAAGCUUAUGUAUAUACAGUUGCACUUAUUUAUAGACGGAACAUAUGCUCAAAUUUAAUAUGUACUGUUUUAUGUAAAUUUCAUAAUAUAACAUGAGUAAAAAUGUAUAGAAAUAACAUGGUCAGAAGCUGAAAGUGUUAGGUUAGGAAUAUUCAUAUUUGAGCCGUGCCAUGAGAAAACCAACAUAGUGGGUUUGCGACCAGCAUGGAUCCAGACCAGCCUGCGCAUCCGCGCAGUCUGGUCAGGAUCCAUGCUGUUCGCUAAUGGUUUCUCUAAUAACAAUAGUCUUUGAAAGCGAACAGCAUGGAUCCUGACCAGACUGCGCGGAUGCGCAGGCUGGUCUGGAUCCAUGCUGGUCGCAAACCCACUAUGUUGGUUUUCUCAUGGCACGGCUCAUUUUUGUUGUGGUCUUAAUUAAUGUUGUGAGAUACUGAUUGUGUUGUUCUUUAUUAUGCAUUUUUUAACAGUUUCAAUUACAAUUUUUCAGCCAAGUAAAGCUGUAAGCAAAUGAAAUUUAGGGAAAAUUAUGUUCAUUAUCAUUACUAUGUUUCAAAGGCACACAUCCAGGGGUUCCAUUUGACCCGGGACCCCGGGUCCGGACCUGGGAGAUUUUCAAAAGACGCUCAAAGGACCCGGCAUGAUACUUGCCUGUGCGUCCUUCGGGAACCGGAGGCAUUUUCCUUUGAUAAUCCUUUCUCUUAUUAUUCAUUUCCUUCAGUAAAACUAUUUCCACGAUAGACACAUGUAUUCAAAAUAAACACUCGCGGUCAUGCCCUCCUGCCUUUGAUCUGCUAAAUCCCGCCCUUUCUCCUGUAGACAUGCCUCGCUGAUUUUUUUAUCAGCAACUGACGUCACGGCGACUGCACAUAGGUAACAAGAAUCAAUGAAGUGUUGAAAUUAAUUGAUAAAGCGUAUUGAUCCUGUGUACUGUCAAAAAAGGCGCCAAUUAUUAAAUUAUCGUAAGCAGCUGAUUACCGAGCAUGUGGAAAGUGCCCUGCAAGAUUUUUUCAUGCCAACUUUAAAUCAGACCAUUCUUUAGUGAUCAUACCAUAAUUUCAACAAGAAACUUCACAAAUUUUGAUGAAUUUCGAAAGCAAAAAUAAGUUUAGAAUGUCCGUUCAUGAGUCUAAUUAUACCCGAUGUCAUAUGCUAAUUCCAAAAUUCCUUAAAAAACGGACUUUCAAUGCAGUUUUUAAUGAUAAGUAGCAUCAUUAUUUGAGGAACUAUCUCUGACUUAGCUUAGUUGGCCGAGUAAACUGAGCAAAAACUACUUUCCGAUGACAUUCGGAAAGUGUACCAGUAUCCGGAUAAUACAUUUUGGAUACAUUUUUAGCUCAUCUGAUUUUUUGAAAAAAAAUGAUGAGUUAUUGUCAUCACUUGAGCGGUUGUCGGCGUCGGCGUCGGCGUCGGCGUCUGCGUCGGCGUUGCCUGGUUAAGUUUUAUGUUUAGGUCAGCUUUUCUCCUAAACUAUCAAAGCUAUUGCUUUGAAACUUGGAAUACUUGUUCACCAUCAUAAGCUGACCCUGUAUAGCAAGAAACAUAACUCCAUCUUGCUUUUUGCAAGAUUUAUGGCCCCUUUUGUACUUAGAAAAUAUCAGAUUUCUUGGUUAAGUUUUAUGUUUAGGUCAACUUUUCUCCUAAACUAUCAAAGCUUUUGCUUUGAAACUUGGAAUACUUGUUCACCAUCAUAAGCUGACCCUGUACAGCAAGCAACAUAACUCCAUCUUGCUUUUUGCAAGAAUUAUUGCCCCUUUUGGACUUAGAAAAUCAGUUUUCUUGGUUAAGUUUUAUGUUUAGGUCAGCUUUUAUCCUAAACUAUCAAAGCUAUUCCUUUAAAACUUGCAACACUUGUUCACCAUCAUAAGCUGACCCUGUACAGCAAGAAACAUAACUCCAUCCUGCUUUUUGCAAGAUUUAUGGCCCCUUUUGGACUUAGAAAAUAUCAGAUUUCUUGGUUAAGUUUUAUGUUUAGGUCAACUUUUUCUCUUAAACUAUCAAAGCUAUUGCUUUAAAACUUGCAACUCUUGUUCACCAUCAUAAGCUGACCCUGUACAGCAAGCAACAUAACUCCAUCCUGCUUUUUGCAAUAAUUAUUGCCCCUUUUGAACUUAGAAAAAUCAUUUUCUUGGUUGAAUAUUAUGUUUAAGUCAACUUUUCUCAUAAACUAUCAAAGCUAUUGCUUUAAAACUUGCAACAGUUUUUCACCAUCAUAAGUGGACACUGUACAUCAAGAAACAUAACUCUAUCCUGCUUUUUGCAAGAGUGAUGGCCCUUUUUAGACUUAGAAAAUCAUGGGUAGGACAAUAUUUCUAUUAUAAAAAAAAAAUCAGAUGAGCGUCAGCACCCGCAAGGCGGUGCUCUUGUUAUAGAGUGUUAUAGCACUGUUCUGUUAUCAAAAAUUAAAUGAAAUAUAGAAGAAAAACCUAAUCAAAAUAACAUGAAUUUUGAUAAAUAUAAGUUUACAAUAUGAGACUAUAUGACCUGAAACUGAUAUUUUUAUUAUGCUGUAACAUGAUCUUGGGUUUAUUGUUUUCUUAGGUAAAGAUCUACGUAUUACUAAAUAAAAAAAAUAUAGUCAAUUAUAUGGACGUGUUGGGACAGGACUCCUGUAUUUUGGAAAAGGACCCUUCAAAAUUUGGGCCCAAGGGUCCUGGGACUCCUGGGUUUUCGGUUCUAGUGGAACCCCUGCUCAUCAACAUAAGAGUUCCAGUUUAAGCCAUCAUCUGUCACUUUUUGUUGUGUUUGUUUGUUUUGUUUUGAAAAGUAACUUUUUCAGGGUCAAGAAACACGCUAUUAAGACCAAAGCACAAAUAUCCAGGUUUUUUGAUUUUUUUUUUAAAAAAAGCAGAAAAGAAAAAAAUCACAAGUAUAUUACUGCAGACCUUCGUGCAAAAGAAAGCAGAAAUUGGAAUUUCAGCUAUUAUAAUGAUUACGAAUUGCACAGUAGAAAGUAACAAAAUUAGGCCUUUGCAUGUAGAGAUGACAUGUGAAAAAUUUACCUCAACUAAGCCAAAGACUUACAGCACUUCAUAUGGCUAAGUCAAAUCAUGGACAGAAUCUUGUAUUUUACAUGUACAGUCAUACCUGUAAUAUGCAACCAGUCAUUGGAGCAGCAGACUCGGCUGUUUAAUGCAAGUUGAAUUUCAAACAAAAAUGUCAGUUAGGAAAUUAGCUGACUGGCUGUUUAAGGCAAGUGAUUGCUUAAUACAGAUGACUGCUAAAGCAAGAUGAACUAUAUACCAUAAUUAUUCAAUAAAAAAUACAAUCAUGUAGUUUACUUGUUGUACAACUUGCAUAGUGAAGUGUAUUGAAUUUUUUUUUAUUCUUUUUCUUUACAUCGAUUAAUGAUUUUGUACUUUUUAUGUUUUUUAUUGGGCAUUUUAUUAAAAAGCUAGUCUGGAUUGCUGUAUAAAUUGGCUUUGUGAAAAAUGUGUAGACUGGCUCUACAACUUUGUUCCUGUUGUAAAUCUUACUGGUGUAAUCCAUAACCUUUCCACUAUGAAAACAGUAGUACUGAAUUAGCAGAGUCAAUAUUUUAGCAUCAUCAAUAAUGGUAAACAAAAUGUCAUCAGGAUCUGCAAUAGGGGAUCACCACAACUCCAGGAAUCUGUUUUUUAAUAUUAAAGUCUUUUAGAAAAGUAUGUAUCGUCAGAAAUGAACGUCAUAGUAUGUCCAAAACUGUGCCAGCAUGACAAAAUAUCUACAAAUGAGCAGCACCAUGAGAAAACCAACAGUGCAUUUGCAAAUAGCGUGGAUCCAGACAAGCCUGCGCAUCCACAAAGUCAGGUCAGAAUACAUGCUGUUCGCUAACUGUUUAUAUAAUUGCAAUAGGCUUUGAAAGCAAACAGCAUGGAUCCUGACCAGACUGCGCAGAUGCGCAGGCUGGUCUGGAUCCAUGCUGGUCACAAAUGCACUUUGGUGCUUUUCUCAUGGCAUGGCUCAAAUAGUUUUCUGUGAAUACAGCCACAGUACAUUGUACUUGUGUUUUAAUUUUAUGAUUUUUUUUAGGUAAGAAUGGCAAACAGCUUAGUAUGAAGGUAAAGAAUGUUUGUUAGGAGAAAAAAUUCUGUAAAAAUAUAGUUUACCUUUAUCACAUGGCUGGUGUCCUGAUUACAAGAAGUGAUAUCAGGGAGAAAGAUACUUUGAGAGUGAGAGGGAGAGAGAAUUCAGGAGAGCAAAGUUGCCAUUUGAAUGAAGCAUGAGAAAAAAUAAAGGGUUUUUCAUUGUUUGCAAUUUAGAGAUUGGAUAUGAGAUGGAGAGUGAUGGAUGACGCCUUUCUUGGACUGAGUUAGAAAUCAUUUAGAGAGAGAAGAGUGGGAUAAGUAUGGUUGUUGGUUGUAUGAGAGGAUGUGUUGGAGUUUGAGUAAAUAGUCAGAGGGAGUUUUAAUAAGUGCUAUCAUGAUAAAUGUGUAUCUAAAUGUUUCACAUGUGUAAAUAGAUAAGAGAGAAAAGUAGGCCAAAUUACUUAAUACUAGUAUGUAAUUGUAUGUAAAAUUAUGAAUAUUUAGUUGCAUAUGAAAAACAACUGAGUUGUGAUAUUUUAUAUGGAAGUAGGUUUUGCAGUUCCUAUUUGGUUCUAAGUUAAUGUUACUAGAGUGCUCGAAUUUACCUACUCUUGCAAGUGUACUAUGAUACCAGACUUUUAUAAUAACUAAAUAAGUAAUAUGUAUUUUUGAAAAAAAUUUCAGUUAUUCAAGGUAGUUAUGCUGAACACAUUUUCCAAGACAGUAAUCAUAGUUUCUAGCUAAUUUGUAGUGACAGGGAUUUUGAAUAGUCUAGUGUUGCUGUCUUCCAACAGCUGUUUUUAACACUAGCAUAGUACAUGUUGUUUAUGGAUCCUAGAGAUUUUAGUUCACGUUUUUCUUUGAAAUUAGGUCACUAAGUCAGAUCAUAGAAAAACAUUCUUAACACUCCAAUGGUCACAUUUUCUACUAAGUCAUAUAACUUUUUUUGUCAGAAUAUUUUUCUGUAUGAAAUCAAGGUAAUGUUUGAAACUGGAUCAUGUUAGGUAAAACUAGGUCAUCAGGUCAGAUUGUAAAAAAAUCUUGUUAACACUCGUAUUUUUACCAGAUUUUCAUGAGACUUGGUUAGAAUAAUAAUACAAACUAGGUCAUCUGAGGUCAUUUGAGUAAAAAAUAGGCCACUAGGCCAAAUUAUUGAUAAAUUUCCCAUUUACAUAAAACAUGGUUAAAAUGUUUGUUUUAAUGAAAUCUGAAUCAAAUAACUUGGUCAGGUGAUACUGGGCCAUUAGGGCCCUCUUGUUUCAUUUCUGUUCAGAACUUUAUUAUAUAUAGAUAGUUCACAAACUGAACAGCAAUAUAUAUUGUAAAUGUUGUUUUUUUGUCCCCCCAAAACAAGAUGUCUUAAUUAAGAUAAAGAUUUUAUUGUCAGCCACAAGAACUUUUUACAUUUUUGCCGUUUCUGUGUGACCAUUAGCAUGUCUUUGAAUGUUUACCAAAUUGCAUCUCAUACUAAAAAACUGUAUUACUGCAUCCUUACUGUAGGGCUAAAUACAAUGCAGUAAAAUUGUUUCCAGUCUUUGGCUGGUUUGCUUGUUGUUUCAUUUUUUUCCUAGAUCUGAGUUGGAAGUUUUUUUGUGGAAUUGUUUUUACUAUCCAUUACUGUAUAAGUGGAUAUAUUUGUGGGUCAGAAAGUUUGAAAAUCGCCGAUUCCAGACGUUUUGUGAGCAGAAAUAUUCCCGAAUCACAGAAAACUGAAGUGCCAAAGCUAAGUUGCUCUACCUUUACUUGACUGUAAUGACGUGUCUUUGUGAACAUUGAAAUUUAUGCUGGCUGAUAUUUUCGCGAAUUUCAUGAAAUCGCUAAAUUCACGAACAUUUCUAUGUGGCGAACUUUUCCACUUAUACAGUAUACUCUUCUGUGAAAUCAUUUUAUUUUGUGGGCAUGAAAUUUGGGUAUCGGGCAAAACAGCUAUUUUGUUAAGACAUGAAUUCAUGGAUUUCAAAUUUUGAACUUUAAAUAAAUUGGAAUUUUACUUGUUCGUUUGGAUUUAAUUUUUGCAGAUUGUGGAUUUAAUAUUCAUGGAUUGUCUCAACCAGGACAAUUAGUCCCCCAUAGAUAUAAAUGAUUUCUUAAUAAUGGCAUUCCAUCUUGCGCUGAAUUAAAACUUGACUAUAUUUGCUGUAUAAAUCAUACUAAAAAUGUAUCUUUUAACUCAUUAGAGAAGACAGUAUUGUUUCUGCUUUUCAGGUAAACUUAGGCAACUUGUACUAUUAACAUUUUACAAACUUCUGAGAUUUAUUUGUUGUACAUGUAUUCUUUUGUAGGUAUCAUUUUUAGCUCACCUGAGCACGAAGUGCUCAAAGGUGAGCUUUUGUGAUCACCCUGUGUCCGUCUUCCGUCGUCAUCGGCAACAGUUUGACUGUUAACAUUCUAGAGGUCACAAUUUUGGCCCAGUCUUAAUGAAACUUGGUCAGAAUGUUACUCUCAAUAACAUCUUGGACGAGUUGGAUAUUAGGUCAUCUGGGGUCAAAAACUAGGUCGCUAGGUCAAAUCAAAGGAAAAGCUUAUUAACACUCUAGAGGUCACAAUUUUGGCCAAUCUUAAUGAAACUUGGUCAGAAUGUUAUCCUUAAUAAAAUCUUGGACAAGAUCGAUAUUGGGUCAUCUGGGAUCAAAAACUAGGUCACUAGGUCAAAUCAAAGGAAAUACUUGUUAAUAGUCUAGAGGUCACAAUUUUGGCGCAAUCUUCAUGAAAAUUGGUCAGAAUGUUACCUUUAAUAAAAUCUUUGACGAAUUUGCUAUUGGGUCAUCUGGGGUCAAAGACUAGGUCAAAUCAAAGAAAAAGCUUGUUAACACUGUACAGGCCACAUUUAUGACUUUAUCUUCAUGAAACUUAGUCAGAAUGUUAGUCUUGAUGAUCUUUAGGUCCAGUUUGAAUCUGGGUCAUGUAGGGUCAAAAACUAGGUCACCAGGUCAAGUCAAAGGAAAAGCUAGUUAACACUACAGAGGCCACAUUUAUGACCAUAUCUUAAUGAAACUUGGUCAGAAUGUUGAUCUUGAUGAUCUAUAGGUAAAAUUCAAAUCUAGGUCAGGUGGGGUGAAAAACUAUGUCACUAGGUCAAAUCAAAGAAAAAGCUUGUUAACACGAUAGAGGUCACAUUUAUGAUUGUAUCUUCAUGAAACGUAGUCACAUUGUUAAUCUUGAUGAUCUUUAUGUCAAGUUCAAGUCUGGGUCAUGCGGGGUCAAAAACUAGGUCACCAGGUCAAAUCAAAGGAAAAGCUAGUUAACACUCCUGAGGCCACAUUUAUGACCAUAUCUUAAUGAAACUUGGUCAGAAUGUUAAUCUUGAUGGCUUUUAGGUCAAAUUUAAAUCUGGGUCAGGUGGGGUGAAAAACUAGGUCAAGAGGUCAAAAUCAAAGGAAAAAGCUUGUUAACACUCUAGAGGCCACAUUUAUGACUGUAUCUUCAUGAAACUUAGUCAGAAUGUUAAUCUUGAUGAUCUUUAGAUCAAGUUCGAAUCUAGGUCAUGUGGGGUCAAAAACUAGGUCACUGGGACAAAUCAAAGGAAAAGCUAGUUAACACGCCUGAGGCCACAUUUAUGACCAUAUCUUAAUGAAACUUGGUCAGAAUGUUACUCUUUAUGAUCUUUAGGUCAACAGGUCAGGUGAGCGAUACAGGGCCUUCAUGGCCCUCUUGUUAAACAAUUGUUUUAUCAAUUUUGCCACUUUUAAUAUGUUAAAAGCUGGUUGCUUUUGCCUGUUUGAUUAAUCAAAGCUGGUUGCUUUUGCCUGGUUGAUUAAUCCAAAGCUGGUUGCUUUUGCCUGAUUGAUUAAUCCAAAGCUCUGCCUGAUUGGUUAAUCCAAAGCUGGUUUCUUUUGCCCAUUUGAUUAAUUAAAGCUGGUUGCUUUUGCCCAUUUGAUUAAUUAAAGCUGGUUGCUUUUGCCCAUUUUAGUAAUCUAAAGCAGGUUGCUUUUGCCCAGUUGGUUAAUCAAAGCUGCUUGUUUUUGCCUGGUUGAUUAAUCCAAAGCUUUGCCUGAUAAGUUAAUCCAAAGCUGGUUGCUUUUGCCCAUUUGAUUAAUUAAAGCUGGUCACUCUUGCCCAGUUGGUUAAUCAAUGCUGGUUGUUUUUGCCUGGUUGAUUAAUCCAGAGAUGGUUAUUUACUUUUGCCCGAUUGGUUAAUCCAAAGCUGGUUGGUUUUUUCCCAGUUGGUUAUUCCAAAGCUGGUUAUUUACUUUUGCCUGACUGGUUAAUCCAAAGCUGGUUAUAUCCUCUUGUCUGAUUGGUUAAUCCAAAGCUGGUUGGGUUUUACCCAGUUGGUUAAUCCAAAGCUGGUUAUUUACUAUUGCCUGAUGGUUAAUCAAAGCUUGUUGCUUUUGCCUGAUUGGAUAAUCAAAGCUGGUUGCUUUUGUCCAGUUGGUUAUUCCAAAGCUGGUUAUUUACUUUUGCCUGAUUGGUUAAUCAAAGCUUGUUGCUUUUGUCUGAUUGGUUAAUCCAAAGCUGGUUAUAUACUUUUAUGGUUAUAUACUUUUACCUGAUUGGGUAAUUGGAAGGACAGCUACAUAUGUAUGAAUUUUUCCAGCUACUCGAGGGGAUUUUUUUUGCUUGAUAAAGUUUGUUCCAAGUUUUGGUCUUGCUUGCCACAGAGAAAAUGAAAAUCUUCCUAAAUGGAAGUCUUCCAACUAUAAGCCUGAGACAUUUUGCCAAUAUUUAUUUUCAAAGCAUGCUACUGUCUCUUAGAAACAAUUGCAGUCAUACAAAAGUAGACUGUAAAACAGUUGUUUUCCUUGUAAUUUUGCUUUAUUCUUAUGCAUGGAAACAUUAGGCAGACCUCGGGUUAAUUACUUUAAAAUGUAAUUAAUUAAAUCACAAGUUUUGUGUAUCAUUGAAUUAAAUCAAAAAUGCUGUUGAACCUAUUUUAUAAUUGUAAUUAACUUACUAAGUAAGUAACAAUUCCUUUGCAAAAGUAGUUGUAGAAUGAAAUUAACUGAAAUAUACAAGUAAAUUGUUAUUAUUGUUUUUCAAGUUUUUAUUCAGUGACAGUGUCAUUUAUAUACAUGUACAUGUAAUCAUAGUUGUCUACAUUCCUUUGUCAUUUGUUACCAUUAACCGUUAGUGUCCCAUCUUCAGUUCUAGAUUUCUCUUUUUAUGUUAUCCCUUCGUUUGUUGUAGGCCAGUAUGAAUGUGGUCUUUGGAGAUGAAAUACCUUUUUCACUAGUCAUUACAUGCAGUGCAAAUUGAGACAGUAAUACUUGUAGUCACUUCAACAUAUUCCAUUCACAGAAAUAUGGAGUGUGCACCCUGAAGUGUCAUAGUAUGGAUACCUCUUAGUAGCACACCUUUCCUACUAAUAGCAGCAAAAUUGCAAAAAAAAAUGGCAUGAUAUGUAAAACAUUUAUUUAAAAAGAAUGGCAUUUUUUCAUUUCAUAAUUUACCCUUGUAUAACUAAGACAUGUCAGUUUGUGCAGCCUGUAAUGACUAUGAAUAAAUGUAGGUCAGCAUGUUUACACUAAUAAAGCACUGAUCUCGUGCAAUACUUAAAUCUAAAAACGGCUUAUAUAGAUUUGACUUUUUCAUUUGUUAAUUGUCAUUCAAUGUAUAUUAUUAUCACAGACAUGCCAUUUUCAUGUAAAUGGUGGUUGAAAUAAAACAUAUCUGCUUUAAA